UAAAUCUUGCUUUUCUUGAGCAUUCCACUUCUAAAUGCCCUUCAAAUAUUUGAAACUAAACUUAGCUUUUCCUUUUAGUUAUUACAAAAGUAGUUAACUGCAUGUAGCUUGCACCCGCCUCAUCAAAAGCUUCAGAUGACAUAUUUAAAUUAUAUUUUGUUCAAUACUUUUUUCACGCAAGGUUGGUCCUUCAGAAGUUCUUUCCUUGACGGAUGAGGAGUUCAAAACACUUGGGAUCGAAACCAUUGGCGAAAGAGCUAAACUCAGACAACGCUGCAAAGAUUUCAUCUGUGAAUCUAUACCAGAAUCACCAAUUGUCCAACGAGUGAAAAUGUUUCAGUCAAAGAGGCGACGACAGGCAUCAUGGAGGGCUGACAACGGAACCUUCAGAGGUUCGAAAUCAGCAACAAGGAAGAUCAAAUUAGGAUGGAAACACCAAAUCACUGGCUCGUUCAAACUGAUACCUGCAAGUAAGGGAGGGGGUUCCCAUGACAUUGAUGCCGAGAAGCACCUCUCACUGACUGAGCUGGAAAACAAAGUUUGCGAGCUGUAUUUUCCAGAGGGACAGAAUACAGUUCAGGACUUGCUCCUGUCAAAUCUCAAUGUCUAUCUGGCUAAUUUCAGUGGCUCAAAACUGCAGGACACCAUUAAUGGAGAACCCUUCACUGUAGAAUUAUUCUACAAAAGUAGGAAAUCUCACCCAAUUAGGGUGUAUCUUCACACAUACGACAAAAGUGAAAAGACUGUCGACGAAGCUGCUACUGAUCACAUCCUUGUGACACUCAAUCACCCUAAUGCUGAUGAGCAAGAGGUAUAUAUUCAGUUGUCCUGAUAAUUGUUUUGAUGAA